AUGCCAGCAUCUACCGUUUUCUCCUACUGGCGCCGGGAACAUCGUCGGUCGAGUGCGCCCCCCAUCGCUUCCUCCGUGCAGGGUGCCCCGAAAGGCAAAAGUGCCAGCAACACUGCUCAGCUUCCCGUGAUCCAUCACACGCCCGUCCUUGCGACUACAAUCGAGGAGUCCGCCUCGCUUACUGAUGCACUAAGCCCCCUCACGUCGAACGAAUACUCCUCUUCGGACCUCGAUACGGACAAGGGCCAUGCCGCCGUUUCUGCGGUCCCGGUCAAUGCGCCGUCAUCCUCUGCGACCAAUCUAGCCGUGCCAUCGUCGACGUCGGAUCAGCACGCCCACCCGCAGUCUAGUCCUGAAGAACGCGACAACGUAUUCACAGACUUGACCGCACAAUCGAACCUGUCGCGGCUGUCAUUCACGCCCUCUCGUCCGGACUAUGGCGAUAGUGAUUCUUCCAAGCCGAACUCGCCUUUCCGGCUGACUUUCGGAAAAGGACUGCUGAACGCGCACAGCCAACCCUCAGAAGUCAAUAUACGAAGGUCCUCUACACCGGUGUUGAUGUCUGGCGGCGAGAAAUCAAACAUGAUGCAGAAGGAAUACCGGCCGGAAGGCGCGAGUGGUCGGCGACAGGCGGAUCGGGAUUUGGCUGCGGAACAUACAACGCAUAAAUCCGGGAAGACAAGGCUGCAUCUGCUAAAUCCUAUGUCGCUCCUGGCUCGGAGGCGCUCUUCGCAGAUUCCCGGCCUGCGGGCGGAGGAAAUCAACAUCAGGGCCCGGAAUGUGGUCCCCGCGAUUCCGGACGAUUACGACCCUAGAAUCCGUGGAAGUAUUGUGCAUGACUUCUCUGCGCCUCGGCCGCGUCGGAAUCUAUCUGUGGCCCCGGUGCUGUUGCAAGACGUGACAAGUACUCAGAGUCCCAAUGAUCUGUCGCAAAUUGGAAACACACCUGUGGGGAGUGGGAAAGACGCACCGGCUCUAGCAAGUGAGCAUAGGAGGAAGCAUAGUGAAUAUUCACCGGUUUUCAAGGAGCAUUUUGAGGAUGAUCAGAAUGUGCUACAGGUCGAUAACAAGGCCUAUUUACAAUCAUCUCUUCUGACGGACACAUCUUUUCAUGGCCAUGAACCAUCGGUCCCCGUCUUCGCCAGAAGACUCCCUUCCAAGAUUCCGGAUCAUGAUGAACAUCCUAACGAACAUACCAAGUCCCAGCCCGAAAAAAAAUAUCCUCAAGGAGAAUCUCAGGCAGACGCGUUGGGUGAAAAUCCGCCAGCAGGCGGGCCAGAACGAGAACCAGACACUAUAGAAUUCGUCACCCACCAGCCGUCGGGCUUACCGAAACAUUUCAAGAGCAACGCAUCCCGGUUCAGCUUUGACAUGAACGGAGUCGAAUCUUCAACCCAGGAGAAGCUGCUGGAAGAAAAGCACAAGGAGAAAGAAGCAGCACGCAGAGCUCAGGCUCGCCUUGAAGACAAAGAUUAUAGUGAUGUCGAUGAUGAUUACGAUAAUGACCUUCUGGAUGACCUGGACGACCUGGAAGAGAAGAUUCCUGGAGUCAAUGUCGAUGCCGAGGAGGACGAGUUUAGUAGUUUUUCGGCUCCUGGAGCCGCCCUCACCAGCUCUUCGUAUGCGCCCGGCCUUUCUCCGGUUGUCGCUAGUCCCAUCAUUGCACCUCAAACCUAUAUGCCCGUUGAUUCAGAUCCCCGAGUUGACCUCGGCCUUGUUCCUGCUUUACCGGUAAACCCAGACCUUCUCAUCACCCAUUCCCCCACCUCUACGCUCUUGGGGGAUUAUGGUAGUGAAGAUCCCAUCGAAAAUCAAGAUGUGCAUGUUUCGCAAACGGCAAAUCAGUUUGAAAAGUUAACAGCCGGACAUCCUAUGCCUACGGUCACUUCCCCGUCAACAUCACAGCCCAUCCAGGAAGAUGAUGACUUGUACUUUGAUGACGGGGAAUUCGGGGAUCUUUCGGCCGAUGCUGAGGGGGAGAUAUUUGAUGAAUCACUCUUUGAUGACGAGACUAGUCAUCUCUAUGCCCGGAAGACGACUGCCGGACCCCCGGCCUCAGUCCCCUCUGAGAUCAAGGAGGACACGUCCGAACUGGAUGAAUCUUCGACUGGGUUAAGCGCACUCGGUCCAGGAGUUGCCCAAGAAGGGGGGCUUAAACCUGCACCUAGCAUGACCAGCGACGUUCGAGAUCCCAGCCGAAUGGUGUAUGGCGGCCGUGCCGUCGUCGGGAUAGACCCUAGCCUGCCCACCAAACCACUUGGCGGAGUUCUCUCCGAGCAUAACCUCGAGGCGCUACACAACGCUUUGGAGAAGGCUGCCAACGCGACAGCCGACAUGGAUCGGUUUGAUCGCAGCACCAGCGUGAGUGACAUAUCGAUCGGCCAAGAUAGUGCUGCACAGACGACUCAGACGAUGGAUUCUUACUCGGGCCUCGUAUCCGACGACAGCCAUCUCAGCCAAGCGUUAGAUGUAUUGUGCUUUGAAGAAGUACUGGAUGAUUUUAACUACGAUGACGACGAUACGGCCUUCUAUGAUGAUCCCAUAAUUGCCGCUGCCAACGCGGAGGCGCUGGAAAAUGACGACGAAGGCUUCUACGGGCAAGAGUUCGGAUUCUACGCCCAAGCUCAUGGGGGUCAAGUCUCCGAGCUCACCAACGGGGGCUAUUUUGGUCCGCGUGGCAUCGAAGGCAUUUCCCGGAGCCAUAGCAGCCGGGGCAAAUUCAGAGAACCUAGCCUGACCCCCAUCACCGAACGGAGCGAAUGGAGUACGCGCAACUCAGUCAUUUCGGUAGCCGCGCAUGGGAAUGCUCAUUCGUCACUUCCCAGUCCAGGGUUAGCCCAGCUCGUUGAUAUGGGGAAUCUCGACGACGAGAUGUCCUUGAGCGCGCUACUGAGGCUCCGGCGCGGUGCCUGGGGCGGUAGCAAUGGAAGUCUCCGCAGUAGCAGCGGCAGUCCACCUCCUCAUCAACACCCGUCUUCCAAUCGCGGAAGUUUUACUGGGUUUUCCGAUGUGAGCCCCAGUGUACAGACUGUUCCCCCAGAUUAUCUCUUCGGAGGGUCCAGUGUGGCUGAAUCGCCGAUCAAAGAAGUCGGUGAAUGCGGACCCCUCAUUGCGACGGAUGAGACCGCCGAUGCUGGACGAAAGGGACCUGCUGAUAUGAUUUGA